UAUAUGAUCAUGUUGUCCGUGAAUGUCUACCUUAUUUUAACUUUCUGCCUCUAACCUGAAGGAUUGCAAGUAAACAAUAAUCAACAAAACAGUAUUGUAAAAAAUCUAUAUAUUAAUUGUCCUUGUCAGUCUAAAUAUAUAGUUAUAUACACAAUGGAUGUGUUUCUAAUGAUUCGACGAAAAAAUAUGACCAUAUUUACCGAUGCCAAGGAUAAUACCACAGUUCUUGAACUUAAAAAAAUUAUAGAAGGUAUAUUGAAAAUACCACCUGUGAAUCAGCAGCUGUUCAAUAAGGACAAUGUUCCAAUGUCAGAUAGUAAAUUUUUGUCUGAUUAUGGACUAACAUCAGCAACUGCAAAACCACAAUGUCCUGCAUUAGUAGGAUUAGCUGUACGUCAAGAAAAUGGUCAAUUUGAAGCUUUAGAGAUGACACCAUUUUCAUUACCACCUGAUUUACCAGAUGUUAUGAAAUCUCAAGAAGCCAAUGGACAAGAACAGUCACCUUGAAACAUUGUAAAACAAUUGAUGAUAAAGUGUUGAAUUCAAUACAAUUUUAUAAUUGUCAAAUAUUUCCAAAAAGGCUAACAGCUUAAGCGAAUAAUGUGAAUAUUAAGUACAUACAACUUUAUACAAAUAUUAAAAGUAUCCUGAGGCUUUUUAACUUUAUUAAAUGAGAUUACUAUUAAUUUUUGAGACUAUUGUUAACUUUUCUGUUUCUGUGGUUUUCUUGUGAGCGAUAAUCAAGUAUCUUAUACUUGAUCAUUUGACUGAAAAAGAUAAUAAAAAGUAAAAUUUAUAAUCCAGUAUUCCAUUCAAGUUUAUUACAAUCUUUUAUAGGUACGAAAAUAUUUCAACACUUUGUUAUUAUUGCCAAGAUAGACCAAAUACCUCAGUCACAUGUAAUUUAUGAUUGUAGAUUGUAUUUUAUCUUACAGCGUUUUAUAAUAUUUCCAGUCAAAUCCACUCUUAUUUGAAUACAUAUUCUAACUUAUAAA